AUGUCACCCACCUGUAAAAGCAUCAUAACACCUUACAAAGAAAUGUGUGGCUCGAUCUCUUUAAUUUCUGAGGUCCUUUGCCCAGAAAUGCAACCAAAAACCUUGAAAAUUGUCCUCUACACUCUCUUCUUCUUAUUUCCAACUCUGUACCACUCACUUCCUCUCUCUACAAACUCAAGAUGGAUCAUCGAGGAGCCAAGUGGAAAUCGAAAGAAACUGACCUGUGUCAACUGGGCUGCCCAUCUUCAACCCAUGUUACCAGAAGGGAUUGAAAAGAAGCCAUUAAAAUACAUUGCAGAGCAGGUGGGUGCAAUGGGGUUUAACUGUGUACGCCUCACUUGGGCCACCUAUAUGUUCACUCGCUUUUCAAACCGCACUGUUGCAGAGUCUCUAGAUCAGCUGGGUCUCAAACAGGCCAUGGUAGGUAUGACUCAGUACAAUCCUCUGUUUUUGAACUUGACCCUCGUUGAUGCUCAGAAAGCUGUGGUCGAUGAGCUUGGAGCUCAUAAUAUCAUGGUGGUGCUGGAUAACCAUGUUAGCCUACCCAAGUGGUGUUGUAGUGAGAAUGAUGGAAACGGGUUCUUUGGAGAUCUGUAUUUUGAUUCCAAUGAAUGGUUGCUGGGAUUAACUAUGGUGGCGAAUCGGUAUAAGGGUAAUCCGGCGAUAGUGGCCAUGAGCUUGAGGAAUGAGCUACGUGGUCCGCACCAGAACGAGACCGGUUGGUAUAAAUACAUCCAGGAGGGAGCCACCGCGAUUCACAGCGAAAACCCAGAUGUGUUGGUGGUGGUGUCAGGGUUAUCUUUCGAAACCAACCUGAGCUUCUUGAAGGAGAAGCCAUUGGAAUUGAAUUUCAGCAACAAGUUGGUGUAUGAGGCACACUGGUACGGGUUUUUCAACCCGAAACAGAAAUGGUUGUCUGAAACACUUGAGAUAGAUGAAAAAACGAAUGAGGAGUGUGCAAACGUGACAGAGGAAUUUAUCAAACAGUCUGCCUUUGUGAUGAUGAGUAGUACUAGUAGGAGUAGCAACAACCCGGCUCCUCUGUUUUUGAGUGAAUUUGGUGUGGAUCAGAGAGGUGUGAAUGAGGGAGAUAACAGGUAUUUGGGUUGCUUGUUAAGCAUUAUGGCGGAGAGAGAUAUUGAUUGGGCCUUGUGGGCUUUGCAGGGAAGUUAUAUGCUGAGGGAAGGGCAGGUUGAUUCGGAGGAAGUGUAUGGGAUGUUUGAUGUUAAUUGGGAUCAUCUUAGAAAUUCAACUGUGCAACAGAGGCUACAGCUUAUAAAACAGAUGACCCAAGGGGAAUUGCAAAAUCAAAUGACAGAAAACAUAUCCUUUAUCAUGUAUCAUCCCCAAAGUGGGCAAUGUGUUCAAGCAGCCAAGGACAGCUUUUUCACAAGCGAUUGCCAAGAUUGGAGUUUUUGGGCACACCACGAAGAUGGAGGCCCGAUCCGGCUGACGGAUUCUUCAGGAUGUCUUACCGCAGUGGCUGAUGGGGUUCCGGCCAUUAUUUCCGAUGAUUGCUCGAGCCAGAAGAGUAUGUGGAAGCUUGUUUCUAGCUCCAAGCUUCAUGUAGCUGCUCAAGAUGAACUAGGAAGGACAGAGAUAAUUUGGGAGGGGCCCCUCUGGUCACGAAGGAAAACGCAAUCAAUCGCAGUUAGGCAAAUUGACUUUGGGCCGGGUGGGUCAUCAGGCCCAUGCUCAAUCUUUACCAGCGUUGAGUACACAAAGCUAAAGGCAACUGAUCUCGAUGAAAGUGGUGCAUAA